CCCAGCUGUGGCCCCGCUCCGUAAAGUCCCUCUGCGCCGUCGGCCCGCGCCCUCCAGUCCAACUUCCGCGCGGCACGGAGGGCAGGAAGGCCGCUCCCUCCCCGGAAAGCGCCGGACAGCCCCUCCCCCGCCCGGGGCCGGCCGGACCGGGGUCCCGGCGCGGGUCCCGGACGCGUGCGCCCCGCCCCCGCCGGCGCCCCGAGACCACACGCCCGCGCCCCGCCCCGGCCCCGCCCCCGGCCCGCCCCGCUCAUCUGGCCGGUGGGCCAUGCAGGGGAGGCUGCCGGCGGGUAGGGCCGGCGCGGGGUCGCACGGAGCCGGGCUGGUCCGCACCACGUGCAGCAGCGGUGGCGGGCCCGGGGCCGGCGCGGGCCCGCCCGGCGCGAGGCCCUCGGAGGGGUCGCUGGACCCCCUCUACCCCCGCACUUAUGGGGCCCUGCUGAAAGUGGCGCAGAUGGUCACUCUGCUCAUCGCCUUCAUCUGCGUGCAGAGCUCUGCGUGGAACAGGUACAGUGCCUACACCUACUUUGAAGUGGUCACCAUCUGCAACCUGAUAAUGAUCCUCGUCUUUUACCUGGUGCACCUCUUCCGUCUCUACCGUGUGCUCACCUGCAUCAGCUGGCCCCUGUCGAUGCCGCUGUGUGAGGACACCCUACGUCCGGCCCGAGGCGCUGAGAUGGAGCAUCGGGCGGCCCCUGGACGGCCUUCGGACCCUCUGCUCUGCGCCAGAGCCCCACCCCCAUUGCCAGGCACGAGAGGGACCUUGGCAGCCUCCAAGCCGCUCCCAGCCUCCCUUCCCCGUCUUCCUUGGUCCUCCCCGCCUGGGAACGAAGAGCCGCCUCCAGGGCAGCCAGGUCUCUCCCUCCUGCUUUUAGAACCAGUGGCCUCAGGGACUGAUGACCCCACUUACCUACCACAGGGGAGGGCUUUCUGAAUCCUCCUGCCGAAAUCUGCUUCUACUCCACGUUCCUCAGGGGGUGAAGCUGCCUUAAGUCCCCUUACAAAAACAAAGCCAUCUCUGGGGCGCCUGGGUGGCUCAGUCCAUUAAGCGCCUGACUUCGACUCAGGUCAUUGAUCUCACAGUUCGUAAG